AUGGACCCCACAGAGAUCCCCAUCCAGACAGAGCUGGUGGAGCUGGUGCCCAAUGGGAAAUAUGCUGUGAACGCCUCGGCCAUCCCCUUGGUGGGGAAUGCCAGGUUUGAAGAGCCCCAGCCCACUGUGGCGGAGAUGGAGGAGUUCCUGCCCCAGGGCCCUGACAAGAAGCAGACCCACUUCACGGAUUUCGAAGGGAAGACCUCCUUUGGCAUGUCCGUGUUCAACCUCAGCAAUGCCAUCAUGGGCAGCGGCAUCCUGGGUCUGGCGUACGCCAUGGCCAACACCGGCAUCCUCCUCUUCCUCUUCCUCCUGACCACAGUGGCCUUGCUGUCCAGCUACUCCAUCCACCUGCUGCUGAAGUCCUCCGGGAUUGUGGGGAUCCGUGCCUAUGAGCAGCUGGGCUACCGGGCCUUCGGCACACCGGGGAAGCUGGCCGCGGCCAUCGCCAUCACGCUGCAGAACAUUGGAGCCAUGUCCAGCUACCUGUACAUCGUGAAGUCUGAGGUGCCGCUGGUGAUCCAGACCUUCCUCAACCUGGAGGAGAAGAGCACGGACUGGUACCUGAACGGGAACUACCUGGUGAUCCUCAUCUCCCUCACCAUCAUCCUGCCCCUGGCCCUGAUGAAGCAGCUCGGCUACCUGGGCUACACCAGCGGGUUCUCCCUCAGCUGCAUGGUCUUCUUCCUCAUCUCGGUCAUCUACAAGAAGUUCCAGAUCCCCUGCCCCCUCCCUGAGCAGGACGGCAACGGCACAAGCAACCUCAGCGACGCCCAGGGCAGCACCAGCGACUACCAGAACGGCUACCCGGUCCUCCAGCCAGCUGCUGCUGUGGCUGCCUGCUCCGCCAGCCUCUUCACACUCAACUCCCAGACAGCCUACACCAUCCCCAUCAUGGCGUUUGCCUUCGUGUGCCACCCCGAGGUGCUGCCCAUCUACACGGAGCUGAAGGACCCCUCCAAGAAGAAGAUGCAGGGCAUCUCGAACAUCUCCAUUGCUGUCAUGUAUGUCAUGUACUUCCUGGCCGCCCUCUUCGGCUACCUCACGUUCUACGGCCGGGUGGAGUCGGAGCUGCUGCACACCUACAGCUACGUGGACCCCUUCGACGUGCUGAUCCUGUGCGUGCGCGUGGCAGUGCUGAUCGCCGUGACGCUGACUGUGCCCAUCGUCCUCUUCCCGGUGCGCCGCGCCAUCCAGCAGAUGCUCUUUCAAGGCAAGGACUUCAGCUGGGUCCGUCACACAGCGAUCGCUGUGGUCCUGCUGAUCACCAUCAACCUGCUGGUCAUCUUCGCCCCCUCCAUCCUCGGCAUCUUCGGCCUGAUUGGUGCCACAUCAGCCCCCUGCCUCAUCUUCAUCUUCCCGGCCAUCUUCUACAUCCGCAUCGUGCCCAAAGACAAGGAGCCCCCGAAGUCCACCCCCAAGAUCCUGGCUGCCGGCUUCGCGGGCCUUGGCGUGCUCUUCAUGGUCAUGAGUCUCAGCUUCAUCAUCAGCGACUGGGCGAUGGGCGGCGCCAAGAGUGGGGGCAGCCACUAG